AUGGCAUCCUGGCAACGUGGACUUCUGGCGUGGGUUGCCGUUAGUGGCAUAUGGCGAAGUUUCCUUCUGGGCGGUCCGGAAGCUGCCUAUGACAGGGCGACAUGUAGCCGACGUCACCUUACGCCCCACGUCGGUAUCGGUUGUGAUCCUGUCCGCGUCAUAGUGCUUGGUUUGCCCUGUCAGUCCGUUUUCAGGAGAUUGGGGAAGGAUGUUCAGGAUUCAAUGGCUUUUUGGGUCAGGAACGCUUGCACCUUGGUGGUCGAGAGGUCUCAGUCAGCGGAGGAAGUACGGAGAAAAACUGCUGCUCAGAUUUCAGAGUCGGGGCAGCAGCGGGCCGAGCAGAAUCGCCGCUUCGGGACAUGGUACGGUACCUUCAAGCAAGGUGAGGAAGGUGCUGAUGCACACAUCUUCAUUCCAAUUUGCAACGUAACGCCUGCAACUACAUUGGCAUUAUCGGCAGCUCUGCCCACCUCAAUCACCUUUUGGCUAGGUGAUACGAUCCCCUUCUUGGCGUGGCGUCAACCGAAAUGGCACACCCAAGAUAUCUCCCUACCAUCACGGGACAGUGGCAUCCUUCCAUCGAGAAAACAGCAGAAUCCGUUCUACCUCGCCUCCAGAGAAAGCCAACAGAGUCUCCAUCCCGGGUUAGGCAUGCUCUACGGCACCACCGUUUCGGACCGUUUACUCGUAUCAACGCCCUAUCGCAACCAGUGCCGCCCGAUCAUUAGCUGCACCAACGGCGUUGGUAAUGACAAUGCUGUCCCGGAGGAGCCAGACGAAUAUCGAAACAAGGACGUCGUCAGUUAG